UCCAGCAGAUGGCGCUGCAGCCGCCGCCUUUCCCCUGAAUCAAGGCGCCUUCUACAAAAUGGCGGCGCCCACGAGGGGAGAGCUCUGAGGCGAAGCCGAGGCCGGAGACAUGAAGCAGGCAGCCUCCUCCUCCUCCUCCUCGCCGCCUAAGAGUGGCCCUGGCCGCCUGGGGAGACGGGGAGGUCGGCGAAGGCCCCCACCGCAACCCGGGAAGCUGCAGAAGCUGGGGCUGGCGGUGCGAGAGUUUGUCGGAGCGGCGGCGGCGGCGUCCGAAAACAGCGGCCGCUUCUCGGCCUUCGAAGCCCCGCAGAAGCAGCGGGGGAGGAACCGCCGGGAGCUGAGGCGGGAGAAGCGCAAAUGGAAGCGGGCCCAGCGCCGCCGCCGUUGUCUCCCGAAGGAAGAGGAGGCCCCAAUAUCGGCGGUUAAAGCCCCGCGGCCCCCUCUGGCCCCUCAGCAGCCGAAGGAGAGGCCUGCUCCGCCUGAAGGCCCGGCCCAGCGCGGGGAGAAGAAGAAGCAGCGGCCCUCCUCCUCGGCCUCGGCGGCCCUGGCUCGCAAGAGAGCCUUGCUGGCGGCCAACGAGGCCGAGGAGCGGGAGAUCCGUCGCCUGGAGAGGCAGCUGGGCCUCAGCCGGCGUCGGAAGCAAGGCAAACCCCGGGAGGCCUCGGCCUUGCCUCAGAGCUUCGCCCGGGACGGUUUGGGUUACGUCUUGGGGGCUCUGGAGCCUGGGGCCUCCGCCUUUUACGGCCUGGAAGAGAGCAGCGAGGAAGAGGAAGGAGAAGAAAAAGAAAUGGAGGAGGAAGAGGGAAGAGAAGGAAGGGAAUGGGAAGAAAGGCUGGGCCUGACUGAGGAAGGAGAAGAAGAAACGGAGGAGGAAGAGAGGAGAGAAGGAAAGGAAUGGGAAGAAGGACCGUCUGGAAAAGGAGGAGGAGAACAGGAGGAUUGGAGUAUGGAAGAAGGAGGGCUCAAUGUGGAAGGAGAGGCUGAGGAUGAAGAUCCCUCCAGUGGCUUCAUCACUCCAGAAGGCCUUGCCAAGGAGCCUGCCUCACCCAAAGAAGGGGAGAGUCUUUCCCAGAGUGCAACAAAAUAUGUUCCUCCUCAGAUGCGAAGGUCUGGAGAGACACUAGAUGCCAAAAAGAGGGAAGAAUUAGAAAGACUAAAAAAAACGUUGAAAGGUCUAAUCAACAGGUUGAGUGAACCCAAUCUAGCCUCCAUAAGUGGGCAAUUGGAGGAGCUAUAUAUGGCAAACAGCAGAAAAGAUAUGAAUGAAACAUUAACAGAUGUUCUCAUCAGUGCUUGUGUUAUGCCAUCAGCCAUGCCAUCCAGACUGGUGAUGGAGCAUGUUCUUUUGAUCAGCAUCCUUCAUCAAACAGUGGGAAUCGAGGUUGGUGCUCAUUUUUUGGAAACUGUGGUGAGGAAAUUUGAUGAAGUCUACAAAAGUGAAACUGAAGGGAAGGAAUGUGAGAACCUGAUUACCUUAACUGCUCAUUUGUAUAACUUUUAUGUAGUGCAUUCAGUGCUGAUCUUUGACAUCUUAAAGAAGCUUGUUAGCACUUUUUCUGAAAAGGAUAUUGAACUAAUUCUGCUGCUGCUGAAAAAUGUGGGCUUUUCCUUGAGGAAGGAUGAUGCUUUGGCACUGAAAGAACUUAUCACUGAAGCCCAGAAAAAAGCAAACGUCGUAGGGAAGCAGUUCCAGGACCAGUCACGGGUUCGGUUUAUGUUGGAGAUUAUGCUGGCACUAAAAAAUAAUGACAUGAGGAAAAUCCCUGGCUAUGAUCCUGAGCCUGUUGAGAAACUACGAAAGCUUCAGAGAACAUUGAUUCACAACAUGUCUGGAAAAGAAGCACAGCUCCGUGUAUCCCUGGAAUGUCUUCUCAGUGCUGAUCAGGUUGGUCGCUGGUGGAUUGUUGGAUCAUCUUGGAGUGGAGCACCAAUGAUUGACAGCCCCAGUGACAAAGUUCAGCAAAUGCUUCCUAUAGGAAAGGUGAGUUCAAAGAUUCUGGAACUUGCUCGUAAGCAAAGAAUGAACACUGACAUCAGGAGAAAUAUAUUUUGCAUCUUGAUGACCAGUGAGGAUUUUUUGGAUGCCUUUGAAAAACUUCUGAAGUUUAGGCUUAAAGAUCAGCAGGAGAGAGAGAUUGUCCAUGUCCUCAUAGAUUGUUGCCUCCAAGAGAAGACAUAUAAUCCCUUCUAUGCAUAUUUGUCUGCCAAGUUCUGUGAAUAUGAAAGACGAUUCCAGAUGACAUUUCAGUUCAGUAUGUGGGACAAAAUCAGAGAUCUGGGAAAUCUGUCACCUACCACUUUCUUCAAUUUAGUUAAUCUCCUGGUUCACCUGUUGAAGACUAAGUCUCUCUCCCUUACCAUUUUCAAGGUAAUUGAAUUCAGUGAAUUAGACAAGCCAAAAGUCCACUUCUUACGACAUGUAUUGUCUGCACUGUUGCUAAAAACAGAUCCAGAAGAUCUUAACCACAUCUUUGGAAAAUUAUCUGACAAUCCCAAAAUGGGGAUGCUACAUGAAAGUCUGAAGCUUUUCCUCACGCACUUCUUAUUGAAGAACAUACACGCUCAUAAAAGUCCUGAAGAAGCCUCCUUAUUAAAAGAAAGAAUUGAAAUAGUAACUAAAGCUUUGAAAGCAAAAGAAUCAAGAUUGAAAUUAUAGCAUCAGAAGUUAUCAGAUUCGCUUUUGUGGGAAGAUGGGAGUUUAAUUGCCAAGAAGGGAAGGAUAAAGCUUCAAAAUUGUUAAUAUAUUGGGGACUUCAUGUUCUGAACAUGGAGCUGCAUUAGGUUUGGUAUUCAAACCCAUCUUGUAUGUAUUUUAAAAAUAUGUGCAUAUAUAAAUGGUGAUGGUUUCACAUCAUUAUUUUACCUUCUGUUAAUACAACACAAGGUCACCAAUGAAAGCUGAAUAACCCAAGCAGUGUAUUUUUAAAAAUGAAAUUUCAUUUAGUUUCCACCCUGAACAUAUCAUAUACUGUAGAAAGUUUUAUAUACUUUUUAAAGAUAACUAUAUUGAGACAGAUUGAUUAUCAAUGUAACUUAAUUUUUUUACUCCAUUCUGUUACCUUUUAAUAUAUUUUUAUAUUUUUUAUGUUUGCUAAUUCAUUCUGCUCAUGUUUUGGUAGUAAUCACUAAUACUGCCUCUCUCAAACAUUUCCCAAUUGUUACCUGUUAUGGUAGUUAAUUCAUUAAUAAUCUAGCUAUAGAAUUACUGAAGGUUAUUGAAUUCUGUGAAAAAUCUUAAGUUAGAAGAAGAAUCUUUAUUACAGUCAUAGACCAGCACACGUAAAAAGGGCAUACUGUACAGACUAAAAAGGCAAAAACACAGGUUAAAAACAGUAUUUAAAAUAUUUCAGAUUACACAGCUUCAAUAUAGCAAGACAAGUUUGGUACUAGUCUACUGCAGAGGCCAUUGCCUGGUGAAUUCUAACUUCACCUGCACAAAAUCUGGCAGCAUUAUAUGUUAUAUCAGGCUGAUGUCUGAAAGCAACAGAGUAGUGUAAAAUUGACUGGUGUGUCCUUGGUAUUUAUGCAAUAGAGGUGAAAUAAGGCUGAGGUGGAUGUCCCUGUGUUAUGAGCACUGGAGUAGUACAUGCUCUGCUUUCUCUAUUUGGCGAGUCACAGGGGCAUAGUCUCUCUGCAAAGGGUGUUGUUUUAUAUCUGCCUUCAUGGACAGUUGAGAAGAGGAUAUGACAUCAUACCAAAGUAAAGGCUCUCCAGUGUUUAGAUUCUUCAAGUUUUCCUAACUAUGCCUUGGUGAUGCCAAAUAUCUAUUGUAGUCACUAGCAAUAAAAACUGGGGUGCUAGUUA